AGCAUGGCCAGAGAGAGAGAGAAAGACAAUGACAUAUUGCCCAAGUUUAUUGCUUUUUACUGUGAUUAAAGGGAGGGUCUUAUUUCCAGUCUGGGGGUUUGAAACAUUUGAAUCCCACCCAAACCUCUUCCCUUGCAGCCAGAAUCACAGCUUCGUGGUAUGUGGCAAAAAUCACUCCCCGGCACAGAGCAGCCUGCUGCUGGCAGAGCAUGCAUGGGAUGGGGAUGGAAAAUUCCACCAUGUCUCCAUUGUCCAUGCAGGCCUGAGGGCUGCUGGGUGCAGGAAGAGCCAGGAUCCCCCUGGUGGGUGGGGAAAGCUGCCCACUGCACACCGAGCACAGUUGUGCAUCGUGCUGCUGCAUGGAGCUGCUGCCCGCUCCCAGCAAUGCAUGGAGAUGCAGGCAGCGUGCACACAGCACAGCACAGCCCCAGCUGUCCAUCUUCAGGACAUGAUCUUAAACGUGGCUUGGUGCCAGCAGCACGAGCAAGGCCUGCACAACAAGUGAAGCUCACAUCUCUUCUUCCACCUGAGCGCUGCAUUGGCGCCUGUGCCACGCAGCAGCAGGGAUGGGGCGCAAAGCCUGCACCUCCAGGCACCUCCACACCUUUCCCUUCUCCCUGCAGGUACAUCGGGGCGCUGGGGGCGAGGGUGAUCUGUGACAACAUCCCAGGGCUGGUGAACAAGCAGAGGCAGCUGUGCCAGAGGUACCCCGACAUCAUGCAGUCCGUCGGGGAGGGAGCCAAGGAGUGGAUCCGUGAGUGCCAGUAUCAGUUCCGUCACCACCGCUGGAACUGCAGCACCCUGGACCGGGACCACACCGUCUUCGGGAGGGUGAUGCUGCGAAGCAGCAGGGAGGCCGCCUUUGUCUACGCCAUCUCCUCGGCAGGGGUGGUUUAUGCCAUCACACGUGCCUGCAGCCAAGGGGAGCUGAAGGCCUGCGGCUGUGACCCGCUGAAGCGCGGUCGUGCCAAGGAUGAGCGCGGGGAGUUCGACUGGGGUGGCUGCAGUGACAACAUCAACUAUGGCAUCCGUUUCGCCAAAGCCUUCGUGGAUGCCAAAGAGAAGAAAGUGAAGGACGCGCGGGCGCUGAUGAACCUGCACAACAACCGCUGCGGCAGGAUGGCUGUGAAGCGCUUCCUGAAGCUGGAGUGCAAAUGCCAUGGGGUCAGUGGCUCCUGCACACUAAGGACUUGUUGGCUGGCUAUGUCGGAUUUCCGGAAAACAGGGGAUUACCUGCGGAAGAAAUACAAUGGGGCCAUCCAGGUGAUCAUGAACCAGGAUGGUACCGGCUUCACCGUGGCCAACAAGAACUUCAGGAAGCCCACAAAGACAGACCUUGUGUAUUUUGAGAACUCACCCGACUACUGCGUGAUGGACAAGUCGGCAGGCUCACUGGGCACCGCAGGGCGCGUGUGCAACAAGAUCUCCCGUGGCACCGAUGGCUGCGAGGUGAUGUGCUGCGGGAGGGGCUACGACACCACCCGUGUCACCCGCGUCACCAAGUGCGAGUGCAAGUUCCACUGGUGCUGCGCUGUGCGCUGCAAGGAGUGCGAGGACACUGUGGAUGUGCACACGUGUAAAGCGCCCAAAAGGGCCGAGUGGUUGGACCAGACCUGAGGAGACGAGUGGCAGAACCUGGCUGUAAACCCCCCCCCCCCGCGAACCUUUUCCAGUUUUAAACACCUGUGCCCUGUGGGCCGUCGCUUUCUGGGAGCUGUAGUUUGACUGCAUGGCUUUUAUUUAAUUAAUUAACUCUGCAAAGCACUACGAAAGGACUACAUUUCCCAGGAGGUGCUGUGGACCCUUCUAUUUGCUCAGCAAAACAGAACCCCGUUCCCAGGAGGCAGCCAACCUCGCUUCAACUGUGAAACUUCUGCUGCCGUCGUUCCCUUCGCGGAGGGACAGUGCAACUGACACAGACUGAGAGGACUGACAUUGGGAUGCAGUGAUGGAGCAACGCUGCCUCUUCCCAACUUUACAUUGAAGUUUCACCAGCAAAAAAAAAACCAACCAAAAAACCAACUGUUUCUGAAUAAUAAACUCUCGCAGACAGCAUUCUUGCUUUUACCUUUCUGCAAGGCCAGAGGAAGGGUGUUGCAAAGUCUUCAGAAAGCUCCGUAUCUCCGUGCUUCCCUCGAGCAGCCCUGGCACGCUGUCCCCACUGCACUACUGACACUCGCUGAGCAACUUCUGCAGAGUCUUCUCCCUGUGUCCCAGCGAAGAUGACAAGCGGAGUUGUGAACUGUCAGCUGAAGCCUGAACGACUGCAAAAAGACAAAGGCUACAGAAGAAGGCCGUAGAAGUUUGCAGACAAAGCAUUAGAGAAAGCAAACGAGAUCUGUGAACUUACUGGUAGGUUUGGAAGUUGACGGAUACAAGAGCAUCUCUCUGUAAAACUCACUUGUAUGUGGUGUAUACUGCUUAUUAUUUUAAGUCAAAAUUCAUUAUAAACCUAUAUC